UGUGCCUCUAUGCCCCUCUAUGCUUUUCAACUACAACUAUCGAGUCUAGAGUAAUAUCGAGCCUGUUACAAAUUAACAGCGUAGCGUGUGUUCAGCUUGCGUAACCGGCCAUAGUUUCAUUGCAUUUCUGGCGCGCUGUGCAGAGGUGUUCUCUGGAGAUCUUUAUAUUUUUAGCUCUUUUCACUCAGUUUUAUUGAUUGAUAGAUCCAGAUUCUGGAUAUUGAUCUAGAUCUAGAUAUAGAUCAAAUAUAGAUCUAGAUCUAUCUAAAGUCUAAGUCAGAUAAAAGUUUCAUUAGGCUUUUCUGAUGAGUGGCUAGAUUCUAGAUCUAAUCUAGACUCUAGACUCUAGAUCUAGAUGUAAUUAAUUAUGGUUGAUGGAUAGGCAUGUGUCGUGACCCUGGCAGUGAUUCUCAACCGUGACAAAGAAUGAAUAGGGGUGCAAAGAUGUGAUCUCAAUGGCGGAACCUCAAGAUAUUCCAUUCAAUGUGUCACUGCCUCUUCUUGGUGUUGGUGCUUUCACGCUCUUGUUGAGUUUUUGCUUUUGUUGCUAUUUGUGGAGGUUGAAAAAAAAUGCACAGAGGGAGGAGGCGGGCUUUGUCACAAAAAAAUUUAACCCAAGAGGGAGAAAUCAAAGAAAUGAGACUUGUCCUGUAUGUUUAGAAGAUUUCAUUCCCAAGGAAAAGAUUGCUGUGUGUGACUGCAAACAUGUGUUCCAUUCAAAGUGUUUACUGCAAUGGCUAGAACAUAGAAACAACUGCCCGUUGUGUAAAGCACCUGUUCGUAAUUCCGCAAGGGAAAACACAGGUCUGAUAAGACCAACUGUUGCUUCCGGCUCUUCCACUGUCUAGAGGUCCUGGACCAGAGGGAACGGAUGCACAGUGUUAUUGUAGAUAAUUUUGUACAUCAGGUUGUCUUAUUUGAGAUCUUGUACUGUAAAACUUCAUGUUGAUUUCCUUGAUGAACAGUAGCAGUUUACACAUCACUCCUUGUUUUUCCAAUGCCCUUUGGUUGUAACAUGUUUGUGUUCAUAUGUGAGAACCUGCCAAAGUUGUGAGUACCUUUCUUUGUACAUAUUGUUUUUAUAUGUUUUGAAUUGUCAUUCAUCUGUAUGGUUUCUAUGAUCUCAUAAAAAUGUUUUUAUGAUAAUUCUUACUGUAAAAUGUAAUCAUUUUUAAUCACAAUACUUUUCCUUAUCUUUCAGUCCCUUCUCAUUCUAUAAUGUACCAGCCCCUUGGAGUUCAAAUAACCCCCCCCCCCCCCAUUACUUUAUUCAGCAAUAUGCUGGAUAUUGCAAAGUGCAAACAGAAAGGGUACAGUUUAUUUAGGACUGAGAAAAAGGUGCUAUGGGCUUCAAAGUGACUCAAUACUGACAUAAAUGUAUGUGUGUGAUUGUGAGAAAAGUUGCUGGGAGGUGCAUUUGGUUGUAUUGAGAUAUAGCCGGUGGCUAGACAUCUGUAUGCUCCUCUAUCCUUGACACCCAAUGGUUUUAUACUGAUGUGGUUCACUUUCCUGAGCCUAGUGUCCCUUGAAGUUGCCUUCCAGGGCAGUUUUGAAGGCGCUUUUAAGUACUGAUACUGGACAAAGUUUCUUCAAUUUCGUUGAGGGAUUAGUUCAUUUUCCAUUUCGCUGAAGCAACUUUUCUCAGUCAGCCUGUUAUUUGCAGACUUGCAAGUAUUUUUGAUGUACAACAUAACAGAUGGAACAAAACAAGUUUUUUUCCCCCUCUUUCUGAGGUGAAAAUACCUUUAGUUCUUUUAUCCAGCCCUCAUGAGAAAUCCCAAGUUUUCUCUGUGCUUGCAAGAACUGAGAGUCCUGUAACUUGAGUAAGAUGCAACCAAUUCAUAUAGUUGUCUUGUGAUCACUUUGCUUCACAAUAAUAAUAAUCAUAAUCAUAUUCAUAAUCAUAAUAUAGUUAUAACAA